UUUUCCCCGCAGAGGGAUCCGCCGCCGCCGCGCAGGUGGAAAAAAACAGCAGCAGCAGCAGCAUCAGGAGGAGGAGCAGGAGGCUGACAAACAACACGAGCUGAGCAUCACUUGCGGAGAUGUUGCACUGAUCGCUCACGUUUGUGGACGUCGAAAGAGCGCGUGUCUCCGUGAUUAUUCCUCCUCCUCAGGACGGAGGGGGGGAUGUUAAAGCCGUUAAAACCCCUAAAGCCCUUCGAGCUCUCUGCGCUACUUCUAGAGGGAUGCCUUCAUCCAGGAGAGGAGAGGAGAGAAGAGUGUGGGCCGCGCUUCUUCUUCUAGCCACCAUCACCAUCAGUACCACUAUGGCAGUGGGCCAGUGCCCCCGCAGCCUGGACUGUGCCCGUGAAGGACGUCAUUUUUGCCAGCCUGGUUCAUCCCACUGCGGCCCCUGCCUGUCUCCGCUCACCGAGAACAAGCGAGGGAAGUGUGUGGUCAGGAGACGGAACCACAUCAAAGAAGUGGAUGUGCAUCCGGAGCUAGAUGAAGAGAUCGACUUCCUCUCUUCAAUCAUAACCAAACACAGGGAGCCUGAGAUGAAACACACAGCACCCUCUCAGGCUGCCCCUCAUAUCAAAGACGACUCGGCACGGCCAAGGAGUCACCACAGAGAGGAAUCCUCUCCCAGCUACGAUGCAGUGGGACAGCCAGUAACACACACUCUGACCACAUUGUCCACUACCACCAGCUCCAGUGCCACCAGCUCCGGUCCCAACACUGUCAGUCCUCUGCUAUCAGCCAUGCAGAGUGCCCCGCUCAUUGUGCCCUACCCGUCUGAGGACCACUCUUAUAUCGUUACAGCAGGAGUGUGUGUUAUGGUGGCUUCAGUGGCUUUGGUUUUGGUUGGAGUGUGCUGGGUGAGAAUGCAGAGAGGAACUCGUCUGGCACAGAAAGUGGACUACCCAGCCUUCGGGGUGAUGAGCCCCCAUGUUUACGACAGUGCAGCUUCUGGAGAUAAAAAUCUGGCCCAGAGCGCUCAGAUGUUCCAUUAUCAGCACCAGAAACAGCAGAUGUUGUCACUUAAACAAAGAGAUGAACCCAAGAUCCCUGAAUCAGCAGCUACCUCGGAUGAGGAGAAUGAGGACGGAGACUUCACUGUGUAUGAAUGCCCUGGACUCGCCCCGACUGGCGAGAUGGAGGUGAAGAACCCUCUGUUUGAUGACUCCACCCUUCAUCUUCAUCUUGACCUGCAAAAAAGCUACAACUGAACCUGGACUGUCAAUGCACGAUCACAUCGAAAACCCAUCCACAAUCUUACACCGAGGUCAAAUCCCAUCUGCGAUCCAUCACGAAGACGCCAUGAAGGAGAGGAAGACGUGGGAAAUUCAAGGAGGAAAGAGAAGAAGAGAAUUCGGACUGCGCGGAUUCGACUUCACCUAGUCAACAAGGGCAGCUCCGGGUGUUCCUAGUCGCUUUCCGUUUUUUCAACCUUCCUCUCCAUCCGUAGUUCAUUUCUUGACUUUUCUUGACAUUGUGUGUGUAGAAACUGGAAGCAAGCUAACAUAUCUGCCUAAACAAGUGAUUUGCCUUUAAGCAUACAGAAACAUCUAUGGUCCUAUACACACGUGUACACUCUCCUGCAUGGAUUGAGCAUUUCCUCUAAUACUCAAACAUACCUUUGGAGGAAUGAUACGAUAUGCUGGCAACAAUUUGAAGCAGUUCAUCUUGGUUGUAUUUAUUUAUUUAUUUAUUUAUAUAAUUAUUUAUUUUUCCCAGUGGUAAUGAUUCAUCUCAUAUUUAAAUCUUUUGCACACCCGUUCCUGUUAUCCCUAGCCUUGCUGAAAUUGUCCACUUCCAGAAGUUACCAGCGUACCAUGGCCUUUACAGUAUAUGCACGCAUCAGUAUAAAACUUGGGGUGCAUGUCAGCUCCUGUUUUCCACACCACUCUCUAUCUCUCUCUCUUACAUGCUAAAACUGAGGUUCUAGUGUCCGAUUUCACCCAGGAUUCUUAACUGGAAGCCUUCCUUUAGCAGAAAGGCUUUAUACUUUGCACGUUCAUGAUUUAUCUGUGCCCUCCCAGCGCUAGGAGGGGUUUAUUGGAACCAGCUCUGGGUUCAUAUUGAAGUUUCUUAUAUUCAGUUACGCAAAAAAGCAUAUGGGCAGCACGGUGGCGGAGCGUGUAGCGUUGCCGCUUCAUGGUCCCUGGUUUGAUCCUGAGCUUGGGUUACUGUGUGGAGUUUCAAAUGUUCUCUCUGUGAGUUUCCUCCAGUUAACGCCCACCUCCCAAAAACAUGGCUUUAUUGGCAUGGAUUGCCUACAAUAAAUUACCCUUAGGUGUGAAGGUGUGUUGCGAUGUACUGACGUCCCAUCCGGGGUGUAUUCCCACCUUGCACCCGGUGUUCUGGGGAUAGGGUCUGGAUCCACUACUACCCUAAUCAGAAUAAAGCAUGCUCUGAAGAUGAAUGAAUGAAUGAAAAAUCCACACGAUUCCGUUUACUUGGUUAAAUUAAUCACUGGUGGUACAGUCAUCAGGGCUCUGGAUUACUGAUCAGAAGGUUGUGAGCUUGAAUCACUGUUGGGACUUGAGUUGCUUGGGACAAAAAGCACCUAUAAGUGUAUAAAUGGAAAUGUUUUGAGCAAAUGAUGGGUUCCUGAGUGGUGGGGCAACAGAAAAGUGUCAAGAGAUCAUGAGAUUCAAAUCCAGAACAGGAGUUUGAAAUGCAGGUUCGAAUCCCAAGGAUACCACAACUAUCCAGAGAGCAAAAUCGGCCAUGAUCUCUAGGUCGAAUGGCAUAUGCGCUUUCUCUCCCCUGUCAAUCACAGCAACGCUAACCAAUCAUGGGUAUCUGUGAGCGCAUGAGCUUUCCUCCAAAUGACUGACACUGCCGUGUGACGCAGCAUUUACAGUCUUGGAAAAGAAGUGAACGUUCCCCGAUCACCACUGGAGAUUCUUUACGCAUAUGAUCCCAGAGCUCAGGUCCAACAUCAGGCUCAGCCAUUGGAUCUGCCUUUUUAUUUCUACGAUAUUGUGAAUACUGUGCAACGGAAACUGAACUUAAACAUAUCAAAAACACCACGUUGGAUUUCAAGAGCUAGAUUGUAAAAUACAACCGGCUGUCCACUCACACGACACGUGAUUUACUGUAUGUACCGAAAAGCCACACUAUAUGAUUUCUAGACGUCAUGAUGUUCCUUUCUACCAAAGUAGAGUCAGUGAUGGUAUUUUCUAAAACUCUAGUCGUGGUUUUAAUAUUUUCAUAAUUGUGCACAUAUGAAUAAGCCUAAAUGAUAUAAUGUAGCCUUUGUAUAGUCUGUAUUGGUCUUACUAUGCAUGAGCCGAAGCUAUGGAAUGAUCAAGGGAGUCCGUAUGCGUUUUCAGCAUUGCUUCAUGACCCUACGCGUACUUACGCCCUGCUGAAAUGUACCCUUUGAGUUGUGGUCCAAACAAAUCUGAGAAAACUGACACAGCAAACUGUGAAAAUUGGCAAUCGUGCGGUGAAUGUGAGCUGACCGCUGCUCGUCCUUACGAUCUGUGAUGUGCCCUGUUGUAUAUACUGUAACUGCAGCUGUGUAUAGAGAAGACUUGAGGCCUGCCUGCUCAGUUUGCUGUAUUUGUACAAACCCCUGUCAUCGCUGCAGUAGAUCUCGCGUUGCGCCUGGCGAUUUGACGGUGUUGCUCGGUUGAAGUAUUCGCUCUUUGCUGCUGGUUCUCAGGAAAACUGCCAACAGUAGCAAGACCUUCAUUAAUCUGUAUCCUGUCCUAUUCGUAAAUAAACCCCAUGACGGUCUUUGGAGCAGAUUUCUCUCAGCGCAUCUACGUGCUUCAGUAUGUCGACUGUCGUUUUUAAUCUUGUGGAUAAAGAAAGGAUAAGUGAUCCGCCCUUCUUUUAAAGAAGCCUUUUUAAACAUGUCACCUGGAAGUCUCGGUAGAAGCUGUUCUCAGUGUUCUCAGUGAUUUUUCCACUUUAGUAAAUGAAACAGACUAGCUCUAAAUAUAAAAACAAUAAAACACUUCCCAACAACUCCAGCCUUCCCUGUGUCAUCUAAUCAGUAGGCUGAUAGACAUUACGGAAAGCUGCAUAACAUAAAUUCCUUCCCGUACACAUCUCGCUGUGUAUGUUGGUCUUGAAUAACUCUUUUUCACCUAAUGAAAUUGUUUAUCAUGCAUGUAAAGAUAGGAUAUUAUAUAAAGAAGGGAAAUAAAUAUUUAUAUUAUAUCAAACCCUUGUGACAUUGUGUAUUUUUUUAAACUAAAUCUUGGUGCCUGGAUCAUUCACAUAGGAGUGUGUGUGUAUUAACGAUGAGAUUUGUGACGUGGCUAAAAUAACAACGGCCUACUUUUACUAACCUGACAGCAAGAAAUGCAUUUUUAGCGUUAAAAUACGCAGCCUCUUUUGCCAAGAGUAAAUUGACAUGCAUUUAUGAGAUGUAUAGAAAGACUACUGACUAAUUCACUACUGAAACUUAAUAAAGCGCAAGGUGGACUACUGCAGCUUUACGGAUUAUAAAGUAUGAUAAACAGCUGAUGUAAUCAUUUUUAUUUAUUUAUUUUUAAAUGUAAACUCACUACUGCCAUCUGCUGACCAAAAGGAACCAGAUCCUGGUCUGAUCUACUAAAUGAACGUGUUAUAAUGUUGUUUUUAAAUGUACAGGACAUGUUGUAGAUUAUAUUUGAGAUUUUUAGAUUGGUUUUUUUUUUUGGUUUUUUUUUUGUUUUUU